AUGGCAAGAAAGAGAAAAUCUAGCGGUAAAAGGUCUCGGGCUGGCUGCAUUACCUGCAAGCUACGCCACGUCAAAUGUGACGAAACAAAGCCCAUAUGUCUCCAAUGUCAACAAUCCGAACACAAAUGCGAGGGCUACGACAACGCAUCUCAAGCUCAAUUACGCCGGAGAAUCGAAGCUGUCUAUAAUGUGUCGCGCAGGCCUCCCCUUAGUGGAGAUCAUCACAUUGUUCUCCGCCCCGAAACUCGAGAGGAGCGUCGGUGGGCGGAUUUCUUCCAUGCGAAGACGGCCGUGGCCUUUUCUGGAUUCUUUGACUCCGUGCUCUGGUCAUAUUUGAUUCCGCAGAUUAGCGAGGGAGAACCGACCAUUCGCCACGCCAUGGUAGCUAUCGGUGCUAUCCAUGCGCAGUAUCAAAUUGCGGCAGAUCGCACAAUGGCCGAUCCCUCAUCCACAAACGAGUUUGUUUUGCAGCAAUACAAUAAAGCGAUCCGGCAUUUGAUGGAUCGCAUGUCUACAGCUGGCAGCCAGGACUGGGAGCUAACAUUGACCACCUGUUGUCUUUUUGUUUGUUUGGAAAUCCUUCAGGCGAAUAAAACAGGAGCACUAGAUCACAUAGAUGCUGGGCUGAAGAUACUCUACCAACAUGAACAAAAACGGGGCGCAACAGGCCGCACCACAGAAUUGUAUAAGGAACUACGCCGGUUAUACUCCAAAUUCAAUUUGGAGGCUUCGUUCAUGGGUCGCUCCUUAUAUCCCUUGGAAACCCCGUCCCAGGAUGUUACAACUAGCGACGUGGUAUUAGCCAAUCUCUCUCACGCCAGGAGCUACCUCGACAACUUGAUGAACAAAGGGCUCGCAUUUAUCCGAUCUGUCGACCUGGAUAGAAAACCCCGAGACCCAGAGCUGCAACACAAAUUAGAGCUAGAACAGCAAAAGAUCUGUGAUGAGUUUGAUACCUGGCUAGUGGGCCUGAACAAGCUGAUCCAGAGGAUGGGCCCAUGGAUCCAGCAAAACGACCUACGUGCAUCGCUCAUUCUUAAGAUUUACUAUCACACCUCGUUGAUCUGGGUAAAAGCAGUUCUGGCACGCGAUGAAAACGUCUUCGAUCUUUACAUUUCAGACUUCGAUGCCGUCGUUGACUAUGCAGGAAGAGUAAUCCAGCUCACCGUAGAGAUUGACGAACGGACUAAUAACCAAUCAAUGUUCUGUCUUGAAGGCGAGGUUAUUGGACCCCUCUACUAUGCAGCAAUUAAAUGCCGCAACCCUGUCAUUCGACGAAAAGCCAUCGAUCUUCUUCUCCACUAUGGAAAGAUAGAGGGCAUGUGGAACGCGAAGCGAUAUGCAGCCGUAGCAAAUCUAGUGAUGGAGGUGGAGGAGAGUGCAUGUUCGGGAGUCAUAGAGAGUGAACGGGAUGUGGACCUCCAGGCUCGUGUUUACGACAGUCUUCAGCCUGAAGUGACGGAGAGAAACCCCUGCCAGGUCCUGUUGUUGUUCGAGCCGGAUGGGGUAGGCUCUGGUUUUCAGCAGCGCAUGGAAUUGGUGUAUUGGUAGAACUUGUAGAUACUAGUAACUUUUUGACACAUUCUAUUCUUAGAGUUUCUGCCCACAAC